CCGGCCCAGCAAAAGCGCCAGUAAAAUUGACUAAUAUUAAUCAGUGGAGGAGCAGGAUUUUGCGUUUACUUUUGUUUCCCCAAAACACGACAUUUGUGUUGGUACUCCACUCGUCUCAAAGGAUAAAGAGUGUGUUGGAUUUCCAAUGUAGGGAUUUGGUCUCAAAUUCAAUUUAAAGACAAUACAAGGAAAUAGGAAGCAACGUGUGCAGAUCCUGGGCUACCAGAAGUUUCUCAGUCAAACAAAUGGGAAAGCUGGGUUGAGAAGUGAAAUAUAUUUGGGGAAAAAAAUUCUUGUAUGUUUUUUUUGACAAAUUGAUAUUCUCACUUCAAAGCUGAAGAAACAUUUGACCACCUGUUAACUGGAAAUUGGAACUACAAUAAUGGCUGAAGCAAUACCAUUGCGAGAAAAGAAGCAGAAAACUCUACCACGAUCUGAUGGGUGUGGUUUGAAUAACCUCGAUGCUGUGGAUCUGUCUGGAGGACUGAGAAUCGUCCUAGUGGGGAAGACUGGAUCAGGGAAGAGCGCAACAGGAAACACCAUACUGGGCAGAGCUGCCUUCAGAGAGGAUCCGAGCCCGGUGUCGGUGACCAAGCACUGUGAGACGCAGAGUGGGGAAGUGGAUGGGACCACAGUGCAGGUCAUUGACACCCCAGGCUUGUUUGACACCGCCAUCACGGAGGAAGAGUUAAAGUCAAGAAUAGAAGAAUGUGUCACGAUGUCAGUGCCCGGCCCUCACGCCUUCCUGCUGGUCAUCAGGCUGGGAGUCAGGUUCACUGAGGAGGAGAGGAAUGCUGUCAAGUGGAUCCAGGAUAACUUUGGUGACGAUGCGUCCAUGUACACCAUUAUGCUGUUUACGUGCAAAGACCAAGCCAAAGCUGACAACGCCCUAAAGGAGUGCAAGGAGCUGCGUAGACUCUCAAUCACGUUCGGACGCAGAUAUCACGCUUUUAACAACAACGACGCAGACGACAGAGUCCAGGUUAAAGAGCUUGUUACGAUGAUCAGGGAAAUGAUCCAAGACAACGGUGGGAAACACUACACAAAUGAAAUGUAUGACAAAGCCCAGCGCAAACUAAGAGAGGAGGAGGAACGGAAGAAACAAGAGGAGGAAGACAAGAAGGAAGAGGAGAGAAAAAUGUGGGAUGCAGAGAGGGAGAGGCAAGAGGGAGAGAGGGAAAAGAAGAAAAAAGCGAAGAGGAAGAACAUCCUUGUGGCCUCGGCGGCCGCCAUGGUGCUGGUGUUGGCCGGCAUGGUGAUCGCGGUGGGAGCCGACACUACCGUGGCGCUGGCUCUUGGAGCGCCAACUCUCCUCUUUGGAAUGUUAUGUGGCUUGGCUGCUCUUUGGUUUUGGAAAGGGAGCAGAUGCAAAGGUAAAUUGGAUUUUCCAGUAUAGGAGGAGGUCAGUGCCGAGGACACAGCUGCACCGUCUUCAUUGUUUUGACUGUAAAAUGAUGAUUCAAGGAAUUUUGGCAUCUUUUAAUCACAGAAUUAAACGCUUUUCAGGAUAUGAACUCUCAAACUGUGAAUGAUAUACUUGCAGACUUUUUAUUUCAAUUUCAUUUCCAUUUAAAUUGCCAAUUUAAGGACUGCAUUUUACUUGAAUAGAAGAUUUUAAGAAUCUUAAUAAAUGAAGCACAAUACUGUUGGUUAAUUUAGGUGUCAAAACUAUGCUAAAUAAUCGUUUUAGUUGUAUCCUGUAUUUAAGAAGUCUUGUGCUAAGUUACAAACAUUACAAGCACAUUUCCUCUAAGGAAAUGAAAUACAAUGGGAAAUGUCUGGAUGUGACCAUUUUUAUUUUAGAGAGGAAACAUCCUGCAGUAACUUGGCAUUAUACUUACAUUUCCUCAUUGCUAAUUCUCAUCAACGACAGUAAAAUCAAACACAAACAGGACAAUACAGGGAAAAGGUGUAUUUCUGAGAGAGAGACAGACGCGACUAAUUUAUUGGGGGUAUAUUGUUCACACUAUCUUAACCUUUGACAUCAAUUCGUCCUUGGCUAAAACAAUAUUGGGGAUGUUGUUGACAUUGUCAGAGAGGUAUGACAUUUUUUGUGGUCCUUUGCUCUGGUGUAGCUGCACUACAUCUUCCUGAAAAGCUUCUUACAUUUUGAUCCUCUCAUCUUGUUGUAGAGUUGAACAUCAUCUAAUGAACUUCAGUCAGAGUAUUUUUUUUUUUUUUUUUUUACCAUUACUACCAGGUUGACAUUAUUAUCCUCUCAUCAUUAUUAUGCUGGAGCCUAUCUCAGUGAACUGCAGGCUGGAGGGUGCACCCAGAACUGGUCACCAUCCAAUCACAGAACACAAACAAACAAACAAGCAUUCACACUCACUUUCAUACUUACAGACAAUUUAGAGUUUUCAAUUAGCAUACCACGCAUGUUUUGCAUAUGUGAGAAGAAAGCAGAGAAUGCAGAGUAAACCCAGGUAGAACAUGCACACUCCACACAGGCGAUGCCAGAUUUGAACCCGGGUCCUCAGAUCUGUGAGGCACAUGUGCUCAGCAGUCAUUCACCGUGCCAGUCAUUCAAUAUGAAAUACUUUAUAUGUAAGCCUUGCUCUACUCUUUAUGUACUCGAGUCACCACCUGACAAAAAUAUAUAUUUUUGUGUAUGCAAAGACACUUUUCUAAAUAAACUCUCAUUACUGCGCCUAAUAUUGCACGUGCUGCCCAUAAUAAUAAUAAUAAUAAUAAUAAUGGUUAGCAUAAAGAAUUGUAGUUUAUUUUUAAAUCGUAAACAAAUAUUUGUCUCAUAAUCACAGGUGAAAAUCUGGUGAAAACCAUUUAAACAUUUUCCAAAUAUUUUGGCCAUUAAAUUCUGUUAGAUCCUUGCUCUAUUUAGGUUUUUUUUUUUUUUUUUUUAGUGAUAUCACAGAAAACUCAGGAAAAGAAAACUCAACAUUGGCACAAUGUUGUAUGGAAUAUAGAGGGGUAGUGACAUAAUGGGAAGGCAACAUUUAGAUUUUUUUUUUCUGGAACAUGAACACAGUGUCCUUGUGUUGUCAUUUGUGGCAUAACUAUCUGCGUGUGAGUAUUAAGCAUGCAGUAUGACACGCUGCAGCCCUCCUACACUCCGCUAUACAACCGAUGUACAAACAAGCUGGCCAGUCAUAAGAAAAGAGUGGAAGACUUUGUGAGGACGCUGACAUUUCACACCAUCAAAACUGGUAAGAGUCUUUUUUCUUGUAUUUACUACAUUCAGGGAUUAAAAAAAACAUAAAAAUGAUUUCGCCACAUAUUAUUGAGCAGCUGAGCUCUACAGAUUCAUACUCAAUCAAAAAAAAAAACGUCAUUUUUAACUGGAUAAGCUAUUGUUUUCAUUUGUCCCAACACAUUGUUUCCAACAAUGCAGACUGUUAAAAUGCAACAAAUUCAAAGUAGACAUUGGUCAUAGUAAAUCAAUAAUAUGACAAUGCUGCAAUUUUAACUUCUCAGGACUGCCAUAAGGAAGAGAAAAUCGCUGAUGAUUCUCAGAAGAAAAGAGUCUAAUUUUCACAGGACCCCAAAUCACUGACAGAGAUUGCUGAGUGGAAGAGGUGGACUCAUCUGGGUGGCACAUCACAAACACACAUCUUGUGAAGACUUCUUCAAACUAAGGCUUCCUGGGAAGUUUUGUAUGAACGUUCUUUCUAAGUGAGAUCUGCUUUUUCAAGCAAACAUGG